CAGAAUCUAAAUGGAAUUGAUCCCAACCCUACAGCAUGUAGUAUAGCCUACAGAGAAAGAGACUGUGGAAAGGUUGGUGUGAGCCGAGAGAGAGAGAGAGAGAGAGAGAGAGAUGUGUUAACACACUCCCCUGGAGUAAAUCUCCCAAUCUGAUCAGUGUAUGUGGUGAGGUGGAUUUACUAACUGACCAACAGAACAGAAGCAGGACACACAGGUUCUCAGGUGCUUUCCACAACAGCUCUGGUUCUCCCACACCAUAAAAUAAGAAACUUUCAGAGGUAUCAGACCACAGAGCUAUUGGAAUAUAGCUUUUCUGGGACAUGCUGCUUUUAAUUCAAAAGAGUUAAACUUACUCACAUCAGAAAGGUUGAAGUCUAUUUCUUCAACCUCAAACCAUACUCAAAGAGUGCUGAAAAUGGGACACAAGUGCAUCUCUAAACCCUCGUCGUUACAAACACUCAUCCUCUCCACCAUCCUCCUCUUCAUCUCCCCUACCUCUGCCAUGCCAGGGCCUGACUAUGGAGGCCACCCGCGAUUCAUCUGCAUUCCCGUCCCUGCCGAUACCGACCCUGCCUGCUUCCCCUCUGGGGGGCCAGUCAUGGGGCCUAGCGGGGCAGGGCACCACACUCCUCCUGUAGGGUCCCCGAACAAUAAUGGCUGGUGGGGAAUGACAGAGGAGGCUAAAACCAGUAUUUUACACCUGAGAGAGAGCCUGGUGCAGCAGAAAGAGACCAUCCUGGAUAUGAGAGAGACCAUCAGGGAGCUAACCGCCAAGCUCACCCUGUGUGAGGGCUCUGGGCCAGGCAUCGUGGCUCACAACGACCACCAUGAACCUCCAUCUCAUCACGGAGGGGCUGUCAGCCAUCUGCCUUACGCUGACAACGGUCUCCAUGACAACCAGCAGGGUCACCAUGGAAACAACAACCAUGCUUUGGAUGCAGCCGGACACUACCCUGGGAAUGGGGGGCAUCGUUCGGACAGUGGGCAUAACAACAGGGGGCAGGAUAAACACGCAACACCAGAGGAUAUGAUAUCAUCAAAAUCGCCGGAAGAACUGGGCAGGAUGCUGCAGGCCCUUAAAGAGAGAAUGGAUAACCUGCAGCAGUCAAGGAACACCUCCACCACCUACUCCAGCUCUCUGAAGGAGCUCCUCCAGAGGAAGAUCAGUGCUCUGGAGCAGCAGAUGCACCACACCGCUGCUGCCCUCAGCAGCAGCCCCAAUCACCAUGACAACAGCGAUCACCAUGAUGACGGGCACCAUGAAGACCACGACGAUGACGGGCAUCACGAUGACAGUCACCAUGAUGACCACCCCGAUGAUCACCAUGACGAUGGGCAACACGACAACGAGGCAGAUAGCCAUGGUUACCUGCAGAGAACGGGUUAUCACAUACCAGGGCCCAGGGCUGGCCUGCACUCCAACAACAAAUUGGACUCUCUACUGAAUAACCUGCACCACACAGGUACCAACAGCAGGAAGAAGACCAAGAACCCUGAUGCCUUCCAGAUCGGUUUCCCCAUGAGAACCAACUACAUGCACGGGAAGGUGAAGACGACCCUCCUCCACGAGAUCUUUGCCCUCACCCUGUGUCUGUGGAUAAAGGGGGGCGCAGGCCCCGGGCUGGGGACCCCCUUCUCCUACUCUGUACCAGGACAGGCCAACGAACUGGUGCUGAUCGAGUGGGGCAACAACCCCAUGGAGCUGUUGGUGGAUGACAAGGCAGUGACUCUGCCCCUUUCUAUCAGCGAUGGAAAGUGGCAUCAUGUGUGUGUGACGUGGUCGACGAGGGACGGUGAGUGGGAGGCGUACCAGGACGGGGUGAAGAGGGGCUCUGGAGAGAACCUGUCCGCAUGGCAUCCCAUCAAACCUGGAGGGGUCUUCAUCCUCGGACAGGAACAGGACACUCUGGGAGGUCGUUUCGACGCCACGCAGGCGUUUAUGGGGGACAUCUCUGACCUCCAAAUGUGGGCUAAUGUCCUCACGGCCCAUGACAUCUACAGCCUGGCCUCCUGCAACAGCCACCUCAGUGGGGACGUCAUCACCUGGUCCGAGAACCUGGUGGAGCUCCACGGAGGGGUCACCAAGUACCCCUUCGACCCCUGUCACUAAGGACAACCAACUAUUAUGACAUUACCAAUGGAUCCAUAUCACACACAUACUUAAAAGUACUCCUAUCGAAGAAGGAUUGUUUUCCGAUCCAGAGGGGGUAUGAGAUCACACAGGAUAGAGAAUCCACUCCACUUAAUAUUACCACCUGACUAAAACUAUGCCUUCCUUUUAGUCUGAAAGACGGUAGACCCCCAUUCCCAGAGACUGUGUUAUGACUAUUAUGGAAUUAAAAUGUUUUGAUAAUGAAAUGGACUAUAUAUACAGUGCCUUCAGAAAGUAUUCACACCCCUUGACUUAUUCCAUGUUUUGUUGUGUUACAGCCUGAACUCUAAAUGUAUUAAAUUAUAACAAACGUUCAUCCAUCUACACAUAAUACCUCAUAAUGACAAAGUGAAAACAUGUUUUUAGAAAUUUUUGCAAAUGUAUUGAAAAUAAAAUACAUAAAUAACCAUUUACACAAGUAUUCACACCCCUUAGUUAAUUCUUUGUAGAAGCAACUUUGGCAAUGAUUACAGCUAUGAGUCUUUCUGGGUAAGUCUCUAAGAGCUUUCCAGACCUGGAUUGUGCAAUAUUUUACAAUUCUUCAAGCUCUGUCAAAUUGGUUGUUUAUUAUAGGCAACCAUUUUCAGGUCUUACCAUACAUUUUCAAGUAGAGUUAAGUCAAAACCAUAACUUGACCAGUCAGGAACAUUCACAUCUGGUUGGUAAGCAACUCCAGUGUAGAUUUGGUCUUGUGUUUUAGGUUAUUGUCCUGCUGAAAUGUGAAUUAAUCUCCCAGUGUCUGUUGGAAAGCAGACUGAAACAGGUUUUCCUCGAGGGUUUUGCCUGUGCUUAGAUCUAUUCCAUUUAUUUUUAAUCCUGAAAAACUCCCUAGUCCUGAACGAUUACAAGCAUACCCAUAACACGAUGCAGCCACCACUAUGCUUGAAAAUAUGGAGAGUGGUACUCAGUAAUGUGCUGUAUUGGAUUUGCUCCAAACAUAACACUUUUUAUUCAGGACAACAAGUGAAUUGCUUUGCCACAUUUUUUGCAGUAUUACUUUAGUGCCUUGUUCCAAAGAGGAUUCAUGUUUUGGAAUAUUUUUAUUCUCUACAGGCUUCCUUCUUUUCACUCUGUCAAUUAGAUUUGCAUUGUGGUGUAACUACAAUGUUGUUGAUCAAUUUUCUCCUGUCACAGCCAAAUUCACUGCUUGACUGUGAGGGACCUUACAGAUAAUUGUUUGUGUCGGGAACAGAGAUGAGGUAGUCAUUCAAAAAUAACAUUAACACUUUUAUUGCACACAAUAAAGUCCAUGCAACUUAUGUGACUUUUUAAGCAAAUUUGUACUCCUGAACUUAUUUUAACUUGCCAUAACAAAGGGGUUGACUAUCUAUUGACUUAAGACAUUUCAUUUUUUAUUAAUUUGACAUUAUUGGGUAUUGUGUGUAGGCCAGUGACAAAAAAUCUAAAUGUAAUAAAUGUUUUAUUCAGACUGUAACACAACAAAUGUAGAAUAAGUCAAGUGGUGUGAAUACUUUCUGAAGGCUCUGUAUAUGUAUCUAUUUUUCUAGCUUCUAUUUGACCCUUUAUUAGUGUUACUAAAAUGUUACUGCUGUUUUAAUGUCACAACAAGGAUAAUAUGACAUAUUGUCAUAUAGUUGAUGAAGAUCAAUAGAUAUUGUUGUUACGGUACACAGCAUCCUUAUAGUGGGCCUGUAUAAUUGACUUUGAAAGUGGUUACAUAGGUAGAAGGAGAGCGUGAGGUUGACCAAUGGAUUCUCUUUGAAAGAAGAUUCCUUGAAACAUACAGCUACUUUUUUUCUUCCUGUUGUCCUGUGAAAUAGUACAUUGAGUACAUUUCCUUAAAGCCGGAGUCCUUAGUUGUUACAUCCAUUUUUGGACUUAUAAAUUAAUGAUAUAUACCCAUUGAUUCUUGAAGAAUAUAACUUAGAAAUGAAUCAUGAGCUUAGUUCAAAUGUCAUACCAUAUCAGAACCCAAAAUAUAAGCUUGUUUUACUCCAAUAUUUGUAAACAAUGUAAAUGUAAACAAACACUGUAUAGCCUCCAAACAUGGGUAAAACUGAUAAUGUUGAUAUCAUGGGUGGUCAGUCUUUGCAUCCACAGCUCUGUCUAUGAAUUUAAGAGUGGUUACAUUUCUCCAGGCCCAUAUCUCAGCUUUAUACCAAAACAGAGGUGGGGUGACCUCUUUGUUAUGGUUUCAAUUCAGGAUUCUAGCUUUGUGUUAUUGUUUUGAUUUCAGAAAAAUGUUUCAAUGAUUUACCUGAGACAUGAAUUCCCAGCAAAGAAAUUUGCUUUAUGAGCCUUUAUAUGUAUACUGAACAAAAAUAUAAAUGCAACAUGCAACAAUUUCAAAGAUUUUACUGAGUUACAGUGUAUAUAAGGAAAUCAGUCAAUUGAAAGAAAUUCAUUACGCCCUAAUCUAUGGAUUUCACAUGACUGAGCAGGGGCGCAGCCAUGGGUGGGCCUAGGAGGGCAUAGGCCACCCACUUGGGAGUCAGGUACACCCACUGGGGAGCCAAGCACAGACAAUCAGAAUUCGUUUUUUUUCCCACAAAAGGGCUUUAUUACAGACAGAAAUACUCCUCAGGCCUCAGCGGCUUAUGGUAGAGAAACUAACAUUCAAUUCUCUGGCAA